UGAAUUAAUAAAAAAACAAAAAAACAAAUAGAGUUGUUUCACAUAAAACAACUCUAUUAACAGCCUUUUUAAAUUGCAAAAGAUACUUUAUUUGGUCUACAGAUAUGAGAGCUCUGUAUUUUUGUAGUUCCUUGGAAUCUUCCAGAGAAAAAACUCAGGUCACUUAAUUUUAGUUUUGGUUGUGAAAUGAAGUCUUUAAUAAAAAAUGGAAUUUUUUUAAAGGAGGACAGUGUAACCAGAUGUGUGUGCAAAUGUUUUCUAAUCAGUAUGUCUUUUUUUUUCUUUUGCUAGAUAUGUUUUUUCAUUGAGAGAUGAGAAAGUGAUCUGUUUUGAAAGAGAUUAUUUUUCAUCCUUAAUGUUUGUUCAGGAUUAUAACCUCCCUUUCCUGUAAAACGUGUUGAGUGAGGAAGAGUUCCUCCCCUCCUGUUGACCUGAAACCAGAAAUGUUGAGCUUCAACUCUAUUCAGCUUGAGAGCAUGGAGCGAGCACGGCUGCUGUCGCACUGCUGGGCUUUGUUGUUUCUCCACUCCUCCCUGACUGCUGCUGCAGACCUCGUAAACAUCACAGCAGAAUCUGGACAGAACGUCACUUUGUCAUGCAGAGCCAACAACAACAACCUCGUUACAUUUCUGGAGUGGAGCAAAAAUGGUCUUAGGAAAGGAUAUUUACUUUUGUACCGUGAUGAGCGGUUUGAUCUAGAGAACCAGCAUCCAUCGUUUAAGAACCGGGUGGAGCUACAGGACAGACAGAUGAAGGAUGGAGACGUGUCUCUGAUUCUGAAGGAUGUGACGCUUGAUGACCGUGGAAGUUACGAGUGUCGUGUCGAGACAAAAAUGAACCGCAAAAAGAGAGCGAAUCAGGAUGACGACCCCGUCAUCAUCAUCAGCCUGAAUGUUGUUCCUCCAGGGCAGCCGGGAGGUGACGAGGAGGAUGGAGACAAGAAGGGACAAAGAAGUGGUAACAGUCUUCUCAUUGCGGCCGUUCCCACUGUUCUUGUCUUUGGUGUUCUUGCUGUUCUGAUCUACAGAAAACACAAAAGACAGAUUCAGGGUCCAGAUGAAUACCAGCCUCCUGCUGAAGUGAUGACUAUUUGAAAUGUCUCAGAUUCUACAGCUUCUACAGUGUCCUGAUGAUGCUUCAAGUCCUCUCACCAACUGUGUGUAGAAAAGCAGCCCGACUCAGUAAACAUGUUCAAUGGACUGUACAGUCCACUGCAGGGCCCAUAUAUGUCCCAUGGUACAUUACUGCAACUCCCUUAUUCACCAAGGGUCGCUAAAAAUGUCAUUUCUACACCAGCUUCUCUUCCUGACACCACCCAUCAGGGACCUUUGUUUGGGCUCGCCCUUUUGGGUCAUGGAGACCCUGAAGGGGAAUUCUGCGGACACAUGUGAGCACAUAUGUUUGCUUUGAAAUGAGAUGCAUCUGAUACAGGGAUAGUGGGAGGUCUUUGUGCUCACAGUGGGGUUUAUGGUUUGAAGAGAGGUGUAGGUAAUGUAAACAGCUGCUGUGCAGACACCGUCACAAAGUGCUAACUGACACGUUUAUCUCUGACUGACUCACAGGAAAGUCCUGAGCUAACCAUAGUGUGGGAGUCAAAUGUCCACCUGAAAUUAUUUUUUUAAACGACAAAUAAUAAUACAGCUGCAUAAUGGUGUUUGUUCUGAGCCAUGUACACUUGUCAAUAAUGGAACUGUGUCCUGCCCAUUAAACACUCUGUUUAUAGUUACAGUGAAAACAUUGUUUGCUAGGGUGAGGUGGAAUCAGAUAAUUUGCUGUUGUUCCUGUUACUCUGAAAAUUCCCCGGUCACAUGAGGUAAAAACUCAACAUAGUUAAACAGAUUUUCUCACUAAGAUUUCCUGCUGAGAAAAACUACAGCAAUAUGAUUUAUUUGAAGUCUUUAAAUGAGCUUGAGUGCUUCCUUUAUUACCUCCUUUAGCAGAGGAGUAACUGGAGCUUCCUUCAUGAAAUAAAAGCGAUCACGCUGUCGCAUAAUUCAUAGUGACUAUCAGACCAAAUAGUCAGCAUGGCUGAUGAGCUCAUUAUGUAAAUGAAUAUUACAUGUGAACUGUAUCUUACAGCAGAACUUGAUAAUAUGCUGAUAUGUUUUAAACUUGAAACUGUUUGCUAAGCUCACAGGUGAACUCUUACUGCAGUGUAGCUCCAUCUGUCUUCAGUUUGGCUGGUCUAAUAUUUCUGUUAUCAUUAGCUUAACUGGCAUCAGAUAUGCUGAAGGCUUUUAAACUGGAAGGAAUAAAGUUGAUCAUCAGGGAGAUAAAAAAAAAAAGUAGUUAUUCAUUUUUUGAACCUUGUGAUUAAUUUUAUUUGUUUGAAUUACCCUGAAAGAACUCAUGUGGUGAAAUAUCUAAGAGCCGCUUUUGUGCCACCUUCAGGUGGCUUCAAGAUGAUGUAACAUUUAAAACUGCACAAUUUACUAAUAAAAAAAAAUAUUAAACAUU